AUGAGAUUGUUGAUGCACCCACUACUAGGGUUUGAGAAUCAGAAUACUAAGGAUGUUAGGUAUAAUGCAGUAACUCAUGCUAUGUUGAGGGUACUACAGAGGGUAGCUGGGGCCCAAUCUAGUACUGGUAGUUGUGAGCCAGUUGUUGAAAUGCUCCGUUCGAGCAAGGUAGAAUUGUUCAAGGGUAUUGCUAGAACAACCCCUACAGUGGUUGAGUAUUGGUUAGAGACCACUAAGGAUAGAAUUUAUAAGAGAUGCCCUUUGGAGAUCCAAGGGGAAGUUUUUCCUGCAUAUUUGAUAGAACUGCCAUUUAAUGAGUUUGAUCUAAUUUUUGGGAUGGAAUGGUUGGUUGAACACCAAGUCAGUCUAGACUGUGCUAUGAAAAGGGUAAGAUUAAAAGCAGUGAUCGAAAAGGAAAUUGUUAUGGUUGGUGAGCGCCUAAAUUAUCUGUCAAAUGUGAUCUCUGCUAUGGUAGUGGGGAAGAAGGCCCGAAAAGGGUGUGAGGCAUUUAUGGCCUACGUUCAAGAUGCAAAUGCAGUUGGUUCUUCAGUGGACAAUAUUUGUACAAUUAAGGAAUUUUUGGACAUUUUUCCUGAGGAGUUGUUAGGGUUACCUCUGGAGCGGGAAGUGGAAUUUGGAAUUGAGUUGCUAUCGGGUGUAGCACCUGUGUCCAUCGCUCCAUAUCGCAUGGCAACUAAAGAAUUGAAAGAGCUAAAGGUGCAGCUUCAAGAGCUUUUGAACUGGGGUUUCAUAAGAACUAGUGUUUCACCAUGGGGUGCACCGGUUCUCUUUGUUAAAAAAGAAAGAUAG